CACAAAGAUGGCGGCGUGCCCUUCACGUCACGCCCGCUCUCAAGAUGGCGGCGCUCUCCUUUGCUCCUGUGUAGCAGCGGCAGCAGCAGCGGUGGGACGGGACGGGCUGAUGGCCGCCAUGCCGGGCGGGUGAGGGAAGCUGUUCCCAUGGCGUGUGGGGAAUGCAACGCUUCGACACCCGCUCAGGAUCCAGCACACAAGAACAUCACCUACUUCCAGCACAGAGAACUGAAGUGCAGAUAGCAGAACCCAGCUGCAGGGUGAAUCAUGAUUCCAGUCACUGAAUUGCGCUACUUUGCUGACACUCAGCCAGCAUACCGCAUCUUGAAGCCAUGGUGGGACGUCUUCACGGACUACAUUUCCAUAGUGAUGCUGAUGAUUGCAGUGUUCGGAGGAACGCUUCAGGUCACCCAGGACAAAAUGAUUUGUUUGCCCUGUAAAUGGGUUACCAAAGACUCUUGCAAUGACUCAGUCAGAGGUUGGACAGCUGCAACCCCAGAGCGUACCUACUAUAAUUCUAGUCUUGUUCCCUCUACUGAUACAGGACCUACGGGGAUCCGAUACGAUUUGGAUCGGCACCAGUAUAAUUAUGUGGAUGCGGUAUGUUAUGAAAACCGUCUUCACUGGUUUGCCAAGUAUUUUCCUUAUCUGGUGCUGCUACAUACUCUCAUCUUCCUGGCUUGUAGCAACUUCUGGUUCAAAUUCCCAAGGACCAGCUCGAAGCUGGAGCAUUUUGUGUCUAUUUUGCUUAAGUGUUUUGACUCUCCGUGGACAACGAGGGCAUUAUCUGAGACAGUGGUGGAAGAGAGUGAUACUAAGCCAGCAUUUGGGAAAAUGAACGGCUCCAUGGACAAGAAAUCCUCCACAGUCAGUGAGGAUGUGGAAGCCACUGUUCCCAUGCUGCAGAGAACAAAGUCUCGAAUUGAGCAAGGGAUUGUGGACCGGUCUGAGACUGGUGUCUUGGACAAAAAGGAAGGUGAACAGGCCAAAGCACUCUUUGAGAAAGUGAAAAAGUUCCGCACUCAUGUGGAAGAGGGAGAUAUAGUUUAUCGCCUGUACAUGAGGCAGACCAUCAUCAAAGUGAUCAAGUUCAUUCUGAUCAUUUGCUAUACUGUUUACUAUGUCAAUAACAUAACGUUUGAUGUUGACUGUAAAGUGGACAUUGAGAGCUUGACUGGCUACAGGAUGUACCGCUGUGCUCAUCCUUUGGCCACUCUCUUCAAAAUCUUGGCAUCUUUCUACAUCAGUUUGGUGAUAUUCUAUGGCUUGAUUUGUAUGUACACACUCUGGUGGAUGCUGAGGCGAUCACUCAAGAAAUACUCCUUUGAGUCCAUCCGGGAGGAGAGCAGUUACAGUGACAUUCCUGAUGUGAAAAAUGACUUUGCUUUUAUGCUCCAUCUGAUCGAUCAGUAUGACCCCCUGUACUCAAAGCGCUUUGCUGUCUUUCUGUCAGAGGUGAGUGAGAACAAACUGCGGCAGCUGAACCUCAACAAUGAGUGGACUUUGGAGAAGCUGCGCCAGAGGAUCACCAAAAACUCUCAAGAGAAGCUGGAACUGCAUCUCUUCAUGUUGAGUGGCAUUCCUGACACUGUCUUUGACCUCAUUGAGUUGGAGGUCUUGAAGUUGGAGCUUAUCCCUGAUGUCACUAUUCCCCCAAGCAUCGCUCAGCUCACCAGCCUUAAGGAACUGUGGCUCUACCACACGGCUGCCAAAAUUGAGGCUCCAGCCCUUGCCUUCUUAAGGGAGAAUUUGAAAUCCCUCCACAUCAAGUUCACAGACAUAAAGGAGAUCCCCCUUUGGAUUUAUAGCCUGAAGACACUAGAGGAGCUUCAUCUGACAGGGAAUUUGAGUGCUGAAAACAACAGGUACAUUGUGAUAGAUGGAUUGAGGGAGCUGAAGAGGCUGAAGGUGUUAAGGUUGAAGAGUAACCUCACCAAACUGCCACAGGUGGUGACAGAUGUUGGUGUGCAUCUUCAGAAGCUUUCCAUCAACAAUGAGGGCACCAAACUCAUUGUUCUCAACAGCCUUAAGAAAAUGGUUAACUUAACAGAGCUUGAGCUGAUCCGUUGUGACUUGGAACGCAUUCCUCACUCUAUCUUUAGCCUCCACAAUCUGCAGGAGAUAGACUUGAAGGACAAUAACCUAAAGACCAUUGAGGAAAUCAUCAGCUUCCAGCACUUACAUCGUCUCACUUGCCUUAAAUUGUGGUACAAUCACAUUGCCUACAUCCCCAUGCAAAUAGGUAACCUAACCAAUUUAGAACGCCUUUACCUGAAUCGUAACAAGAUAGAAAAGAUCCCUACCCAGCUCUUCUAUUGCCGAAAACUUCGGUAUUUGGAUCUCAGCCACAACAACCUGACUUCCAUACCACCAGAUGUUGGACUUCUUCAAAACCUGCAGAACCUAGCUGUGACAGCCAACAGGAUUGAGAGUCUCCCACCAGAGCUGUUCCAGUGCAGGAAGCUGAGAACCUUGAACCUGGGAAACAAUGUGCUGCAGUCACUUCCAUCCCGGGUUGGAGAGCUGACAAAUCUGUCACAGAUAGAGCUACGAGGAAACCGCUUGGAGUGCCUGCCUGUGGAGCUGGGAGAAUGUCCUCUGCUGAAACGUACUGGGCUUGUGGUAGAGGAGGACUUGUUCAACACACUGCCCUUAGAAGUCAAAGAGCGGCUGUGGAGGGUAGACAAAGAGCAAGCUUGAACCCCUGAAAAAAAAGGAAAAGCCUCUGACCAACUAAAAGGAAACAAAAGGCCAUUCCGGUCCCCUUUUCCCCAGAUCCUCCCCUUUCUCCACUCCAAUCACUACCAGGCUAGCCAAGGAGUCCCUGAACAAACAUGGCUCUGAAUGAGGCAGCUUCUUGCCUCAGAUGCAGGAUGGGGGAAGCUUGGGAUCAGGAUGAGGAUCAAGACAGAUUAGUCGGCCUCUGAGCAAGGGCCAGUGGGAGUAAGAGGUGUUGCUGCUGUUCUGGGCAGGAGGUAGGGUGAGGUGAAUGGUGCUGGUGAGAAGAAAUGACCUUUGAAUGGAGGAGAAAAUGCAAUGUGUGGAUUGCUGCGUUGCUCCAAAUGGGGCUUAUAUGUUUCAGGGACUGCAAGUGUCCAGUGUCCUGCAGGUAAAGAUCAAGAGACUAGGAAACCUCUUGAACCUCCAUCUCUUUCCGUGACCCCUGGUACUGUUCUGUUCUGACUCGGAGAUUGUCAGUGAUGCCCCACAGUGGGGUGGGAUAGGAUACAGACAGCUGAUUUUUUUUUUUAAUCUAGAUGCUGGCAUUAGGAUUUGGGGGAUAAACUUAUCUCAAACAUCAGUUUGAAUGCAGGAUCUUUUUUUUUUUUUUUUUUUUACCAAUUGUCUUUACCCUUUGCACUCCAUACCUUCUCCUCUGCCCUGGAGAAGGAACCAAAUCCCCCAAACCCUAUCUGCUCAUUUAAGAUUGCACUAUUUUAACAGUUUCAAGUCACUUGUGCUGAUGAGUAGAUCAUAUAGUACCUGUCUCCAGCUGAUAUGCUGGAGGCACUGACAGACAUAAUUCCAGAGCUUUAGCUUGUUCUGAAAUGGGUAUGAAAUAGCAUAAGUGGGAGAAAUAUCUGUAUAAAAAGCAGUCUGAUUGUCUUUCCCAGAAGCAUCGAGUUGCUUCUGGAUCUGGCUUUUAAAGUUUUUAAGCUACUUUUAAAUUCCUGUAUUUUGUCACGUAUCAAGUAUGAACAUACAACUGACCAGUGUGUCGGGGUGUCUCCUGGGGUUGGUGGUGUUAGUAAAGAGGAACACUCAGGCUUCCCCUGCACCUCUUGCCCUCCCAUUAAGUUGUUAAUGCUUUGCCAGUGUUUUUCACAAACGCAGUCUACAGAGCUGCUUGAUUGUUCUUUUCUGUUGUCCUCCUCACUUUAACAGCUGUCAGUUCCUGUUACACCCUUGACCUAAAUAAAAGGCUGAAGCUGAUUGAACUUGGUGCUGGAAAAGAAACCUGUCCUCCUAUUUCUUCCCCUUUACCUUCCCUCAGUGUUAAGGAGCAGUAUGAGAAUCCCUUGUGGACUGAGCUCCUCUAGAUCCCUGGAACAGAGCAGUCUUUAUUGAAACAAGUCUGACCUGUUCAAUAUUGUUUGACAAAAAAACCCAAAACCGUGAACUUUCUGCACUGGCAGAGGUAGACAACUUCUAAUAGCUACUGAUAAUCAUGUCCUUAAGGUGAGAUGGUUAAGGUGUACCUACAAUACAUCUUAAGUCUGCUCUUUUCCAUCAGAAGGAAGAGGAGGGUCAAGGACCUGCAGGUUGUGGUUGUAAUACUCUGCAUCAGACCAACGGGUUAGCUCCAAGGCGGAGUGUGGCAAGCUGAGACGUGAAAAGUUUGGAGGCUUCCCAUGUGUACAAAAGGGGGAAGCUGCAGCCAUCUCCAGAGUGAUUCCUGGCAAGCUGUCAGUGAGUGCCCUCGCUUAGCAAAUUGUGGUGAUCCCUUGGAUGUUGGGGCAAUAAAGCUUUCUGUGGCUUUCUUCAUCAGAUGUAAGAUAUGAAAUAUAUACACUAAACGUGCUGAAAUCAUGAACAAUGUUAACCGGGCUCUGGAUUUGUUGAUGUUCAGAUGCUUAAAUAAAGCUACAUUAAAAUCAGGAGAUCUGUUUAUAAAACUGCUUUUAAGAAAGAUGUAAAUUCUGCCUCCCUUAGUCCAUUCGUUAUGAAAAGUUUAAACAGUCCAGGGAAUAAUAUAAUUAAAUCUCUUUAUCUGGCAAGCAAGGUACUGUGAGAGCUCGUCUUGUUUCUAACAGGGUUAGUGUCUUGAAAUUGUGUUAGAGUUGGGGCUGCUACUGAAAGGAUGGGGAAGUAUUGAUGGUCAUGCGUCUUGGAUUGUACUUGUUCUAUUUGCACAAGCAUUUUGGAUUGACAGAGGGCAGAAAUUGCUAGGUGGGCUUAAUGCUUAAGUAAAACAGGAAUAGCUUCAGGCUUAGCUACAGUAAUACUGUUUUUCAGUCAGUUCCUUGUGGGGUGUGUGUGUGGGGGAGCGGUGUGGAUUGUGUUUGGAUUGUGAAGAAAACUUCUUUUUUUUUUUUUUCCUUUCUCUCCGCCAAAAGAUACUUUUUGUGCUGGAGAGUAAUGGCAAUUGAAUAGAGGCUUGAACUCUUGUCUUGUAUUUAAGGUCACUGGAUGACAUUCAAGGUCAGCUUGGAUGGGGCUCUGAGCAACCUAAUCUAGUUGAAGACGUCCCUGCUCGUUGCAGGGAAGCUUGGACUAGAUGACCUUUAAAGGUCCCUUCCAACCCAAAAUGUUGUAUGAUUCUAACUGGUUUACAACACAUGUAUUUUAGACUAGGCAGGCUGAAAGGGCCAAGCACCUCACAGGAUUUUCACCUAGCUUACAGAGCAGAGAGAUUUCUUCUGCAUGUCUAGAUCAUUGUAGAUGAGUGCUUUGACUCUUGAUUCUAGUUGUGGUCUUAGUUAUACAAACUAAACUUUACACAGCUACAUUAGAAGCUUCUAUAAGCAGCUCCUGAAAGUAUGCUGCAGUGCUUCUAGAAGCUUGCGAGCCUCCUGAACUGCCAUGUAUCUUAGUGCUGAGUCCAUAGGACAAGUGGCUGAUAGACUGUUCUGCUAGAAAUCAGAGACUCUCUAACUUCUGACCAAAUAAGAGUUAUACCCCUGCUGCUUGUUGAGUAGAGGCUGCCCUAUGCCUGAGGUCUACGAAGCAAUUGUAAGGCAGGCCAGUAUUGACUGUGCAUGAAAACACUAGCUUUUUGCUGCUCUUACAAUAUUCCAAGCUCAGUUUUUCUCGAUUAUGGCUGCUAGGGCUUGAGAUUGCUCAUUCCAAUUUUGCCACAGAGGAAGCUAUCUGAUAACUUCUUGUACGAGAAACACGGGUGGCACAAAAAUACACUGCUACUCUGGAAGACAGCAAUAUGUAUUAUUUACUCCUGAUAUAUGCUUCUUGGUCUUCCCUCAAAUAGAUACUGAUUCCAGUGUAUCAGUCUCGUAUGAUGAGUUGGAAGAAGCUUUAAAUCUUCAAGGACAGGGUCUAAAUCAUGAGGUCCUGAACACGUUUACUGCUUAGGACUCCUGCAAAACCCACAGCAGAGUGAAUCAUCUUCUUCCUGUAUUUGUCUGGAUUGUUCAGUCUUUGAGGGAUGAGCUUACAUCAACAAUCCUUCCUUAUUUGCAAGUAUUCAAUUGGUGUAUAUUGUAUUUUUUACUUUUAAGUUUCCAUCAAACUGAAGUUUAGGGGUUUUAUUUCUGACACUGAUCCGUGCGUUCAGAAAAGAGUUCAACUUAAGCAGACAAUCAAGAGUCUGGUCAGUGUCUUGUUCUCCUGACAGGCUUUUCAAGGCACUCUAAUAGUAGCAAACCAGAUUAUUUAUUAGCUGCUAAACCAUACAACGACUUGAAUUAAAAACAACUGUUUCCUUAAUAGCACUUCUGAGCUGAGUGAGUUCUUGGAGCCCCUGUAGAUCACAAGCAUGCUCAUCUCGUGUUAGGACUGAAGGUUAGUAAAGUGUAGUUCUACCUUUCCUGCUAAAUACCCCAAAAAGUAAUAAGUGAUAACUAUUUGAACCAACUGAACCAACCAAGGAAUACCAAAUACUAUUAAAUCUGUUAAAUCUUGCUGUAUCUCUGAAACUAUGCACUGGAAUGUUAGCCGAAGUUAUUUGUUUAAGAUUGUUUUCUGAUUUUAUUAUUUGGUCCCCACUUAAUUCAGCAGCUGGAAUUAAUUUACUCUGUCAGUCUGAAUGGUUAAAUAGCUGUUACAGGUAUCUUACAUGAUGUGAUGUUCUUUGGUAUUAAUUGUCACUUCCUGAUAAUAAUCCUACCUCAUUUCUUAUGACCAUUUAUACACUCCAUUUAGCUCACUUCAUUUUAAUUAAAGUCAGUCUUUGGUGUUCAUUACCAUAAAUAGUAUUAAGUGGCUUUCUGUUGCUGAACCACACUGAGGUCCUCUUCUCUUUUUUCAUUGUGGGUUUUUUUUUUCUAACAAAUGAUUCUAUGAAUUUUUAGAACAAUAACAUAUCCUUUACAGAGGAUGAGGUGUAUGGAAAAAAGUUUCAAAUACAGAUUCAACAGCUGUGACACUGUUUCCUUUCCUUACCUGUUUUCCUGCUUUGGAAAGGGACUUGCAUGGUUUGAGUUCUUGGGAUUUUUUUUUUUUUUCAGUCCUCCUUUGGGGAGGAGUAAUUCUUUUUGUCCUCGUUAAUAGCUGUGCCUUCUCUAGAGAUUCAUUAAUGUAACUUCUUCACAGAGGCACUUGCUCCUUCAAGUGUAUUUGUAAUAGUCUCUGCCUGAAGCCAGCUGUUCCCUCUGAUUCUUUUUCUUUCAACCAUGGAGAGUUUUCUUAACUUUUGGUGUGACUUCUCACUGACAAACAAUAUCGUCAUACUAUAAACAGUAGAGUUAUCUACUCUGAAAUGUUACCUAAGGUGAGACUGUGUGAAUGCUCACUAGUAAAACUAUUACUUAAAAUUCACUCUGAUUUUUAUUUUUUUUUCUUGUUACAUUUCAAAAUUAAUUUUUUUCCCCCCACUGACUGGCCACGCGGUGGAUCCUGUAGUUCUACUAAGCAUGUGCCAAAACAGAGUGAGUUUUCUGCCCUACCUGUAUCUGCGUGAAGCAGAAUUGGAACUGGACAAGAGUAUUGUUUGACUCAAACCUUCCUCCCUCUAUCCCUCCAGCUGCAGUGGUAGGUUAACAUUCAAGUGCUUUGGCAAUAUGAAAUCCUCUAGAAAUCUCAUCUCUGAAAUACUUUUUUCAAAAGUAUCUGUACUUUAAUUACUGGACCCCAAUAGCAAAGGUGAACUUUGUGCAAAUUUGCACAAAGAAAGGCUUAAUUUAGUAUUUCUGGAAUUACCCUUCCCUUCCUUCCUCUCAGUCUGCUUUAAAGGAAAUUUAUUGAACAAUGGGGGAAAUUUUUGAGAAGGGGGGCUAAUGAGCCUGAGUCAUCUUUUACAGCUGACAAAUGUGUCCAUUUAAGUAAGAGACUACUCAUGGUUUAAACAUUGUUGACUCCCAUUUUGUAAAUGUAGGAGCAGGGUUGUGGUUUGGCAUCCGAGACCUGCGACUUGAUGUAACAUUUCAGAAUCAUGACAUUCACUUUGUACGUGGGAUUGUUUGGGCAGCUGAUGCACAGCACUUCCACCUUAAGCAGUGAAGGCUGCUAUUGUUUUCUCUGAAAGACUUGUAAGACUGGACACUUUAACAGAAUAAAAGUUUUAAUUUUUAAUUUGCA